AUGAUUCCACCACAACGCAAAAGCGACCCGAAUCAGGCCGUCAACUCCAAGAAGCGCAAACGGAUCGCCCGCACGAGCCGCGAGACGAGUUGCGAAAGCUGUGAGUCGGGCAUGUCAGCUCCGGCGGAAAGGCGGAGGGGUCCCGCAACCCGCGGCUCGUUGAGGGUUGUCGACGAAUUGGGCCACUAACUUCUGUGCGGGAUCGCUGUGGGCCUUGAUCACAGGCCGGCGUCGAAAGCUCAAGUGUACAUCCGGUGAGCCAUUGUUGACCUGGAGGCACAUCAGUUGCCAGGUGCACCAUCCCCUCGUCGUUCCGCGGAGCACUGACAAUGCGCAUGGCGUCCUUGCCACACCCCUAUCGCUUCCCCAGCCCGACCCGCUUGCUCGAUUUGCCUUCAUUCGGCACAGCUCCAUGGCCUCGACCCCAUUGAUGCGAUCUGUCACUACUCUGUGGGGUCUAUUCAUACCAUCGAUUACGAUCGAACCGUCGACCAAAUGCUCAAGAAAGGGUGUUGCGUCGUCGAUCGAGGAUUGAAGCAGCAGCUUGCGGACGCUAUCUCGCAACUGACCGACAAACAAAGACGUGGCGAGCUUGAUCUCGUACUGCGCAGAAAGAGGAAGGCACUGGAUGAAACUUUGAGUAGGCCCGAUACGAAUCAUUUCUCCUGAUCGGGAAGAGAUAUCAAGCGAACAGCUUACGUGCCCUAAUCGUUUACCCACCAGGCUCGUCUAAACUUCAGGAGAGCUGCGCAUCCGAGACCCCCCUCAGGCACAUCACCGCAUCUCGUCGGUCAACGCGUUUUUUUGCACGUCCUGAUCUUGGAUUGAUAACGUCGAGCGAACAGGUUCGCACUCCAUGCAAAUCGAGUCCAAGUCCGCCUCAGGAUCAUCCACCGCCUGUCUCAUCGCCCGGCUCGUCGUCUCCUCUCUCGUCACUCGUGGCCGACACUCCACUCCACACCGAAGAGAGGUAUCCCAAGGGCCACGAAGAGGCAAUCCAGGGCAUUUCAGAAGAACCUAAUCUCCCCGAGAGCAAGAUUGAACCGGCAGAUCAUCUCAGCACUUCACUGAUGCAUGCAUCGGUGCUUACUCCAGCACCGCUUUCCCCGCCCAGUGUUGCAUCGCCGUCGCCGUCGAAGAGUGACUUGGGCCAACCACCAACAGUCGGCUCGGUCAUCGCGACGCUGGACUCGACACGAGUGAAACGGCUGGAAGAUACCGUCUGCAAGAUCGAGGAUUCGUUGGCCAUUACGCUUACGACCGAGUUCCCCAGCCUGGGCGGCUCGUCAGAGACCAAGGCCGAGAACGACCUCGAUCGGCUGUGGGCGCCCCCGCUCUUGCUUUCGGAGGACUUCUGGCUUCCGGGACCUCUACGAAAGGAAGAACUGUGGGGAUGGAGGGUAAUAGAAGCGUAUGGCAUGACCCUGUAA